CUCUGUGAGAUUGCUAUCUUGGCAUCCUUCUCAUUCGACAAGAGCGUCUAUCAUGUCGUCCUUUACGCUCAAGGUGCACAAUCGUAAUCUACCCGCUGCGAACAAUGCCACCUCUUCGCCAUACCCGCUCACUCUGAGCUUCUCAUCUGAGCCAACUCUUCUCGAGAUCAAGAAGGCUAUCCACGCCCAAGUCCCCAAGCUCACGAAAGAGAGGCAGCGGAUCACCACGGGCGACAAGAAGCCUCUGCUCGAUGAUAAGGCCAAGAGCGGUGCGAAGAGCGGCGAUGAUCUCUACGUCAAGGAUCUGGGACCUCAAAUUGGCUGGCGAACAGUGUUCCUCGUCGAGUACUUUGGUCCCAUCUUCAUUCACCCGCUCUUCUUUCUAGCCUCGCAGAAGUACUAUGGCUCUUACGAAGUCUCGGACGUACAAAUCGUCGCAAUUGCCCUCGUGGUCGCUCACUAUCUCAAGCGUGAAUACGAGACGGUGUUUGUCCACCGCUUCUCCUCCGGUACGAUGCCCCUCUUCAAUGUCUUCAAGAACUCGGCACAUUACUGGAUCUUGUCUGGUAUCUUCCUCGCCGCCUCGAUCUACCGACCCGCCUACGGAGCCAAGGCUCUCCAGGGAAGCACCCAGACCAGCGCCUUCUACCUGACUGCCUGCGCCGUAAUAUGGACCAUGGCUGAGUUGGCCAACUUCCGAUGCCAUGUGAUCCUGCGGAAUCUUCGAAGCGAGGGUGGCCGUGAGAGGAAGAUCCCACGAGGCUUUGCUUUCGAAUACGUCUCCUGCCCCAACUACUUCUUUGAGACUGUCGCCUGGCUGGCCUUCACCUUCUUGACCCUCUCCCCCGCUGCUGCCCUCUUCUCAGCAGUCUCCGUAGGACAGAUGGUCAUCUGGGCGGUCAAGAAGCACAAGAAUUACAAGAAGGAAUUCGGCAAGGAGUACCCUCGCCGAAAGGUCAUGUUCCCCCUUAUCUUCUGAGUGAGGAAGGAAAGCAGCAAUAUGGACGAUGCAGUAGCGAUUGAAAGCGGUCAAACAAGUGAAGGAUGAGGG